AUGGAUAGAAUAGAGGCCAUUAACCAGGCAGCGUCUACCUCCAUCACUAUUAUACCACCAAGUUUACUCAAUAUACCUACCGAAAUUCGGAGAAAUAUAUUUAAACGUCUAUUGUUGAAUACUGAGUUAGCGGAGGCGUCUUCUAUCGACGAAAAUCAGAGAUAUGGAGCUGAUUUGAACUACGACUUGAGCCCACAGGUACUCCUCGUCUGCCGCCUUUUCCAUGAGGAAGGCAAGGAGAUUUUGUAUGGUUUGAACCAUUUCAUUGUGGAGUCACUACCAAACAUACACCCUCAUGAAGUUAAUACAAUUCAUCCCUUUACCUUAUGCAGUCCCUUGACUCGCCGGGACAACCAACCUACCACGCAUCUCCCGACCAACUCCACACAAAAUACUUUAUUGCAUAGAAAUCGAGGUAUUAGAUUGGUACGAAAGUGGAGAAUAGUUCUAAGCGCCAGGCUUCAUGAGCCCCGAAGUCAAGAUGGACUCGUUGAACUGUGCCGUCUACUGUGCGAGCUACAGAUACUUUCAGGAGGGACAUUAUUGAGAGAGUUAGACAUAUGCAUCAUUCCCAAAGGUGCUGAAUUCAAUUACGGCUAUUUAGACGCGGCCGACAUGCGCGAAAAUCUUGUGCCACUAGAGCUUUUACGAAACAUACCUAGAGUGUCAAUUCGAACAGCCAGUAUCUCUGAGAUACCAGACUUUGUAUGCAGGGAUGACUGGUCGAAGACGCCACUCGUGACAAAGUCAAUGCUACCUGCUGCACCCUAUCGACACCUCCUCAUCGAUCUUAUCCAAGGAAAUUCAGAAGUCGAAUUGAGCACUAAGAUGUUCAAUGCUCUCUUGAAGUACGCACAAGGGUUUGAAAGGCAUUUUGAGUACAGACAAGAGAUGUCCUUGAGUUUUGAAGAGGUAGCUUCUUCAAUGUCCGGGGAGUUCACUACAUUAAGCCAUAAUCCGUUCCUCAACCAAGAGUUUCAUCCCAAAGAGCUAGCUCAUACUGUCGAGGCUGGUCUGCAAAAGGCGAGAUAUAUGACCGAGAAAGAAAGUGGAGAUAUUACUAAGACCACCAAGUUCAAGGAAGAGCGAUCUGUCAUUCUGAAGUACCUAGAACGCCAGUUCUGCAGGAUAAUUCACGCAUCCCAAGAAAUAGUCGACUUUGUCAAAUUGCAAAAGCGAAAGUGGGGCAUUUUUGAUCCUGCUUGUACCAAACAAUAUAACGGUUUUGACAUGGUCAUCUACACUGAGGCUAUGGUCCUAAUCGAAAACUAUGUCGCAUCAUUUACUCGAGAGCUCGACGCGUCAACUAAAAUGGCGGUGCGCGUCCAAUUUGGUCUUUUUGAGCAUCUCUACGAGUCUAUGUCAAGAGAGAUUGGACUUAAAAAAUGUCUUGUAGCUUAUAGUAGGAGCGAUCCUAUUGCAUUCAGAGCGUACUUCCAGGAAGUAGUGGGGGAUGCGGAUUUUCAGUAUUUUACGAUACUCACGGCUAGAUCCAAGCUGUAUGACUGGGACGCUCGUAGCAAUAUUCCUGAUAUUAAGGUGACACAAUUAGGUUUAUUAGAAGCUUGGGAUAUUAGGUGGCACAUAGAGGAACCAAAAAUUACGGCGAUAACGGAAUCAGAAGCCCAGAAGAUGCAAGAUGAUCUUCGGCGCCAAAUUGUUCAAAAAGAAUUCCUUGCACAACAAGAAGCAGGAUACCAAGCUUCCCAGGGCUCGCAUACCGUCGAUGGUGAUGGAACUGAUGGCCAAAAUGCGAACGUACAGAACAAUGCGAAAGAGAUUCAUCUUGCUGAAAUGGAGCUCGACGACCUCGCAAAUUGGGAAUCUCUGCCAUAUCACGAUGAUGACGAAUUCUAUGAGUUGACUUUCCAAUGGGAAGGCAAUCAGUCUCGACCACCUCAUGUCAACCCUAUCAGUUCUGAUAGUGCUUCGGAGAAUGAUUUCUACGAGAAACUGUUUAGAGAUCACCCGGACGAUGAGAGCUUCGGUUUGGAAUCCGAAGACGAGGACAUUCAUAAAGAGGACUGUGUCAACAGUGGUGGAGUCGUUUUUCACGUCCUACCUUGGCUUGCUAACUGUGAAAGCUCUCUAUCACAUGUGUUCCCGUGGAUGACACGCUCGUAG